AUGGCUUCAACUUUUCAUCCUAUAUUUCUUUUUCUUUUUGUUUCUUAUCUCUCGUUCACUUCCUCCUUAGUGUAUGCUAGAUUCACCCAUUUAUCAAAAAGUGUUGCUUCCUCUAAACAGCAAGUAGAAAGGCUCAUAAAAUCACUCAAUUCAUUCCCAAAAGAUGGUAGUAGUGUCAUUCAAACUGACUCAUCAGUUGUCAAUGUUUCAAGAUUGGUUGAACAAAAAUUUAAGUUCCCUUCUCUUCCUUCUAGCCCUAAUGUUGAAUACCUUGGUAGCUUUGCUGGCUACUAUCCACUUCCAAAUACAAAUGGUGCAAGAAUGUUCUAUUUCUUUUUUGAAUCACGGAAUAAAAAAAGUGAAGACCCAGUUGUGAUAUGGUUGUCUGGAGGGCCUGGAUCCAGUUGUAGCGUGACAUUAUUUUAUGAAAGUGGUCCUUUUCGUAUUACAGACGAAGUCUCUCUUGUGUGGAAUGAUUAUGGUUGGGACAAGGUGUCAAAUAUUUUAUAUAUCGACCAACCUAUCGGAACAGGAUUUAGUUAUACAACAAGUGAAAGUGAUCUCAGAGACAAUCAUAUUAGUGUUAGUAAUGAUUUGUAUAAUUUUUUACAGGAAUUCUUUAAGGCACAUAUGCAAUUUGCUCAAAAUGAUUUUUUCAUAGUUGGGCAAUCUUAUGGCGGGCACACCGCUCCUACUCUUGCUUCUCUGAUUCACCAAAGAAACCAAGAAAAUGUUGGAAUUCGUAUAAAUUUAAGGGGAUUUGCUAUUGGCAAUGGAUUUACCAAUCCUAAAAUUCAAUACCCAGCACUUCUAGAUUAUGCAAAGAAUGAAAGUUUAAUUAAAAACUAUGAACAUCGACGUAUGACGCCGAUGGCUGAAGACUGUGUAUCGUAUAUAACAGCUUGUGUGGGAUUCCUAAACAUCGAAUCACCUCAUAUGGGUUCAAGAUGCGCGACUCUUCCUCGUACGAUCAAACACCAAUAUGAUAUUGUUGAACAUCCUUUUGAGCUCACAUAUCGCACAAUGUGUCGCAUUAGUGCCCUCAAAAUGUGGGACUUUAACACAAUGGAUGAUGGAUCCGAUGAUUAUGAGCUCUCAGUGUGGAACCUUUCAUUAAAGGAGGAAGCCUUUAUGAAAGACGAGAAGUUCCGUUCAUCAUCACAAUCUUGUGUCUAUCCCUUUUUAUCAAUAAUAGAAAGCAGCAACUUAUCAAGUUCUGUUAUACCACAUCGGUUAAACAUAAAGGGAAACAUAGGAAAAGAGGCUUUAAUUUGUUUUAGACCAGAUUAUCGGUAUGAGCUGUGCUGGGUUUGGGAAGAUGAAGUUGUGCGGGCUGACACGGGUGGCAAAGAUGCUUGCCGCACCGCAUUUCAUUAUUGCAUGGAAUUUUUCCAUGAGAUCCUACAUUGUGCCGGAGAUAUAAAUUAUUAUGAUAUUCGAAAGAAUCGUGUGGGUUCCAAGUGCUAUGACUACUCAAAUUUGGAGAAUUUUUAUAGUAAGGAAUCGGUAAAGGAUGCUUUGAAUGUAAGAGGAGACAUACCAUUCGUCUCUUUCAGCUCUGACGUCUACUCAGCUUUGAAGGGAGACUUGAUGAAGAAUCUUGACGUAGGAAUACCUGCUUUACUAGAAGAUGGAAUCAGAGUCCUUAUCUACGCUGGAGAUCAAGAUUUAUUGUGCAAUUGGCUUGGAAACUCAAGGUGGGUGGAUGCAAUGAAAUGGUCUGGGGAUGUUGAUUUUCGAAGAGCUCAAAAUGUGUCAUUUUUUGUUGGUGAUUCAGAAGCAGGAGAGUUGAGAAGCCACAAAGGGUUAUCUUUUCUCAAGGUAUUUCAAGCCGGACAUAUGGUUGCGAAGGAUCAACCAAAAGUUGCCCUGCGCAUGAUACAAAGUUGGAUGCAUGGACGACUUGUUUCGCACUUGGAUUAAACAUGAGUUUUCGUGAAAGAGAUAUGGAU